UGAUCAGAGCGGUCGCACUUGAGCGUGUUGCCUAAGUUCAGUUGGCCCCGAAGCUUCGCUAUGCUUCAGUCUGUCUCGCGACCUCGCGGCGAAGGGAUGUCGGUUCCUCGGUUUGUCUCUCGCCGAACCUCGUUGCUCCAAGUGAAGUAAAAGAUUCUUAUUUCUGGAGGUACUGUCAAUUGUGACGAGAGUGACAUGUGAUAAGUGUGGUGCUGAGUGCUUCCAAGAGUCGUAAGAGACAGGAAGUCGCUUAAAAGGGAUACGUUUGGCGGAUUUUCUCUACGUCAUGGGGAGCGAGGCCGAUGCAGAGGCUGCUGCUGCCAGUGCUGUCGAUUCUGAUGGCUCUGUUAGUUGGGAAGAUUUUUUUGGCACUUCGACCGAUCUGGUGCCACAGCUUCUUGGUAUGUUUGACGAGUUAGCACGCAGAGGCAAUGGCUACUCCGAUCAUGUUCUACCGUCUACCUGUAACAUCUCCGCUGCCAUUCAGAAACGCUUAAGUCUGGUACCACAUUCCCAUCGUGGCUCCAUAUUUGGUUCCCUUUGCUCCACGGAAUCCAUAGUCGCGAAACCACAACGCGAGGAGACAAUGAACGCCGCGGAAGCUCGAGGAAUCAUGAAAAAUUCCAACAAGAUAGAAAUCACUGUCUCCAAGGAAACUGUCAAGAGGGAAGACGAUCGGUGCGAAGGAUCCUUGAUGAUAAAUGGACGUAGUAUCAAGUCUGCCGAUGAGAAACCUUCGUAUCGACGCGAGGCAAACGGUCUGGCACCGUUGAGGUACAACAGGAGAUGUCGUCCCGCAGGACGACCUCUUUCAGGAAGUUCCAUAGCCUCGAGUACAUCGUCCAGUGGAUGCAGCAAUCAAGGAAAUCCAUGUGCGGCCAAUCCUUAUUUAGCGUCGGUAGAAUCAUUGGCCGAUACCUGUGCCAGUUCUCAAGGAUCUGGUGACAGUGGAGUCGUUACUGUUUCUGAUGUUAAUUGCCGAAUCGGUAACAAUGGCGAUAGUCAAAGAAGAGACAGUGCUGAGGUCGAGUCUCCGUUACACCAUAGACCUCGUUAUUGUGAUUCUCAUCGCAAUCCCGUUGAGAGGGUACUCCUUGAGAUUGUUGAUACAGAAGCUAUUUAUGUUGAGCAUCUUCGUCAAGUUAUACAGGGCUAUCUUAUAUUUUGGAGGGACGACCCUGCCUCUUUAGUCCAUCAAUUGCAACUCAGUGAUUUGUUUAGUAAUAUCGAGGAUAUUUAUGAGUUUAACAGGGAGUUUCUUAAGGAAAUAGAAAAAUGCGGCUUGGAUCCUGUUUGCGUUGCUAAUACCUUUAUCAAGCAUAAUACUGGAUUUAAAGUUUAUACAGAAUAUUGUACUAACUACCCAAGAACGGUGUCUGUACUGACUGAUCUCAUGGGUCAAGAACAUACUGCGGGUGCUUUCCGAGAAAGACAAGCAGCACUAGGUCAUGCAUUGCCACUUGGUUCAUUUUUAUUGAAACCUGUGCAAAGGAUUUUGAAAUACCAUUUACUGUUACAGAACCUAUCAAAAGAGUAUGGUGCAACUGGCGAGGAAGAAGUGAAUGAAGCUGAGGGCAGAGAUGCAAUCGAUGGUGCUUUAGCUGCUAUGACAGGCAUCGCAAAGCAUAUUAAUGCAAUGAAAAGACGACACGAGCAUGCGGUGCGCGUUCAAGAAAUUCAGUCACUCCUGUAUGGAUGGCCAGGUCCUGAUCUCACUACUAGUGGCGAAUUAGUGGCAGAGGGCAGAUUCCGCAUGCGAGGUGCCAAAGCUCCGCGACACGCCUUCCUCUUCGACCGUAUGUUACUUCUUACUAAAAAGAAAGAGGAUGGUCUACUGGUCUAUAAAGCUCACAUUAUGUGUUCAAAUCUUAUGCUGAUUGAAAGUAUACCGGGGGAGCCAUUAAGUUUUCACGUUAUUCCUUUUGACAACCCACGUCUGCAGUACACUUUACAGGCUCGCAAUUUGGAACAAAAAAGAGAGUGGACGUUACAAAUCAAGAGGGUCAUCCUUGAGAAUUAUAACGCAGUAAUACCUUCGCAUGCCAGACAGUUAGUAAUGCAACUUGGGCAAACACAACCAGAAGAAGAUGCGUUGGCAGACAAGGGUUCGGCAAAGAAGCAACACUCGGCGCCACCGGAGUAUCUUGAGAAGAGAAAGCAAGAAAGGGAGCGGAGAAGAUCUGAAACAAUGUUUAGGCAAAAAUUGAAGAAGGGUAGCAGGAAGUUAGAAUCUAAUACAGCUUCUACCGAGGACUCACCGGCCUCAACCCGUAAGAAUCAAUCCGAAGAGUCCAUCAACCAUGGCUGUAGGGAUCAGAGUCUGAAUAGAUCGUCUGACGGUCGUGCAUCUAAGGUCAAAGAUCGUUUUGCAAGUUGGAGAAGAAAGUCUGAACCCGGAUUCCAGUCGUACGUGUCCUUGACCCAAUCGGAUGACGAACAAAAAGAUGAUGCGGUUGACACCGAAACUACGACUGUCGAAACUGAGUGUACAAUAACGAAUGACGAAGACAAUACGACUCUUCUCCAUAGCAAUAACUCUCCGGCAUCAGAAACCAAAGAUAACAAUGAACAAGUUCAAGCGCAGACUGUGGAGGAAAUAGUCGGACACAUACUAAUGCAAAAUCGCGAAUUCCAGAAGUUGCUUGAGAAACAGCGCACUAACAGUAACAUAAAUGUCAGGCAGCAGCAACGUUUCAAUAAACAUAUUUCCGCCGAUUCGUCAGACGAGAGUGAGACUGAAAAUACAAACUACGUUACGGAAUCAGCUAAUAACAACAGAGGAGGCCGAGUGCGUUCAUCACGACGUGAACAACGGCUGGUCAGGGUGAAUAACGCUUGGAAUUCACUAUCACCUACGCCACCGCGGGACAGCCAACCUGCUCUACGAUUACGCUAUGACAACCUUCGUGCAGAAGGUGAAAAGUCGCCGGAAACCACAACCAAAAAUCGUUCUAAUCGUGUUCAAGAGAAAAGGGCCAUCUUCGAGGCUUUCAAGAGACAAAGUAUCGUUACUGAGAGUAAAAUCAUUAAGACGGCUCUCAGGAUACGUGAGAAUUCGAACUCUAGUACCGAGGACAAUGCCCAAGCUGAAAGACUGCAAGACGAAGGUCAAAGUGUAGAGGAAACUACUGAGACUAGUAAUACCACAGUUCAGGAUACAGAAGAAUCCAAGGGCUUUGGGAAUUAUGACAAUUUGCAACAUGUCUGGGAGGGUCUGCAAGAGCAACAGGAUAUAGAUGGCGUCAAUGACAGUCCUACUCGACCUGCUGUUUGGUUGACAAAAUUGUGUGAAGGAUUACCAACGUCUCCGCAAAAAUGUGGGUCGCUGCCACGCAGCUUCCAGAUGCAUCCAAAUUCCCAACCUGACGUUACCAAGCCUCGAUUUUUACAAAGGGAUGGAAAACCAAUGAGCGAACGUCCUUUUACAAUAGCUUCGGAUAAACCUGCAGAAAUUAAUUUGGAAGAUAUGGAGAGAUAUGCUUCUGCCUGUCAACCGGAAGGAAGAAUCGCUAAAUUUCCAACUUCUAACUCGUCAUCCACUUCCACGUUCUUUUAUUCUCUCGACGACUCUCUUACGGAUGCUUAUUCGGAAAUUCAAAUUUCUAAUACCUCUGCUAAUAUACAUCCGGAUCAUAAGAUUUACAGAGCAAACGGACAUGGUGCUACGUUGUUUAGGAAUGUGUUAUCCAAAGCUGGCAGUCGUCUACAAGGUUUACGAACAACUGUGAGUACAGAAACGUUAGAAUGCAGCGAGGAACUUGAGAGAACAAAGUAUUUUCGUACUCUAAGUAAUGGGAAGAGCAAGAAGAAAGGUAAGACGAGAAGUUCAAGAGAAUCUUCGUCGGAUGUGGAAGAGAUCGUUGGCUGCGUGACAGGUGGAAAUUCACCUUCGAGAAUUCCUCCCUUGUAUUACAAGCAGGGUAGUUCCGGUAUGGGUGCACGUAUUGCCCAAUCAGAUUAUGCUGAUCCGGCGACACUAUUUGCCGAAAACAAACGGGCGGAACACAUCACAGAGAAUCCGGAAACGCAAGAGGAUGAGAGACAAGAAGAUGAGCCUGAGGAAAUGACGGCCGAGAGAUCAAAGCAUCGCGAAACUGAGACUGACAGCUUUUAUGAGAAAUCUUUUGAGACUAUUGAGAAUUACGUGGAUGCGGACGUUGAUGAGGCUUUUCGGGACAGUGCAAUAUUUAGUGAUGUUGAUGAAGUGCUCUCCAUUAAGUCACCGGUCAUUCUGACACAGUCAAUAAUAGCUCAAACAAAACCCAAAGUUGCUCCACCCGUUCCGGCUAAAAAGAAAUCAGAUUUGCUGGUGAAUCCAAAACCAAAACCGAAUGUCGCUCAAAAACCGGACUACUUAAAGUUAAGAGCAAAAAUAUUGAAAAGUCAAGAUGAGUCAGAGUGGUCCAGUGUGAGUAAAUUAUCAGUGAAUAGAGACCCCAUACAGAUUACAGGAGGUGCAUGUUAUGAUUCGCAGAGUCAUGAGAAUAAAGAUACCUUCUUAGUACAGGAGGAUAGAGACGAUGUUUCUGCAGGUCAAAGCAGAGCUGGCUGGGUACGAAAAAUGGUCGGUCAACUGCAGGGCAACGUUGAAACGUGAUUUUAUAUUAUUUUAAAGUGUCUCAAAUUAGCUCUGAUCAUUUUAAAUAUUACUGUUACGUGUCGAAGUACGAGAAGAGUGUCUCGCUAUGAAUUUAAAGUGAUUGUUUGUUACGAGUCAUUAGUUAAAAUUUUGAGUGUUAUUGUCUGAAUGAAUAAUUCAUCAUUCAAACCAUAUUAAAUGGAACGGUGGUCAAUAAUAAAUAUAUAACAUGUAAAUCCAUUAAAUGUUUUAACCUAACAUAAAGUUCAUUCACAAAACUA